UUGUGUGCGUGUCGCUACUGCCGCCGCUUCUGCUCUCGUGUCUGCCGGCGCGCGCGUCGUCAACGGUCAAACGUCCUUGCCGCGCUCCAGUUCGUCCGCGACACGACGCGCGCGCAGUCUGUCGCCUCCUAUGUACGUCCGUCGCGCUUGUGUUAUCCGUCGUUUUUUCCCGAUUUUUUUUUCACAAUAAUAACGAAAUCUCGCUGAACGUAUUUAAAAUUUUUUUUUUCGUCGAAAAACGGUUUCUAUUUUUACGCUGUGGUUUACACUGCUGUUACAAAAAUUCAUAACAUAGUUGUCAUAUAAUAUUAUACCACGGUUAAUAUUAUCAUCUCUUCGUGCGUCGAUGUUGAGACGGAAAAAUCGUUUUAACGACGUUUAUGCUGAUCGUAAUAAGAUAAUUAGUAUCACGAUUUGCUCGGAUUUUGUUUCUGGUGUUUCUUUCUUUAUGCAGUGAUUACUUAACACGUCCACUUCGUCUAAAGAAGAUAACGCGCGUUUUUGUUUUUAAAAUAAUAUAUAAGCAGUUUGUAUUUCUUAAAAAAAAGUUCUUGUUCUUGUUUUUAUUAAGUGUACCGAAGACUAUCAUGCCGGUGAUAACAUGAUGCGGGAUUUGGACGCAUCCAGCCCAGUCGUUUGGCCUCCAUGGUGUUAUUCAGUGGACAUCAAAAGAGACAUCGACUUGUUUGGUUUGCCGAAGAGCCGACGUUCGGGGGUCGGUAUGCAGAUCGAACACCCAGUGAAUAACAACAACACGACCAGCGCCAACAACAACAGAGUGGCGUCCGCGGCCGACGUAAAAACGGAACGGCUGAGCCCCGUGGUUGCGGCGGGCGGCGACUCUGCGUCGUCGCGUAGCGGUACGCCGUCUUCGUCGUGCUAUCCUGGCACGCCGCCCGGCGUUUCGGCCGCGGCGGACCGCGUGUCUAGUCCUGCGCCCAACCGAAACUGCAGCGACCUCAUACGAAGUCUGGCCGCCAAGUACCAGAAUGCCAACCCCAGCGAGUACAUGCCUUCGCGGAAUGGUCUGAACUUGGGCAUACUGUCAGCUGCGACGGCCGCUGCAGCAGCGGCAGCCGCCGCCGCCGCGUCCAACAAAGACAACGGCUGCGACGGGAGUCUACUGAACCCGGGAUUCCCGUUCGCGACACCCACCAUACCCGGGACGAACGUGCCCAUGUUCCCGCCCAUGAUGGACAUGUCGUCCACGCAGGCGCUACUGUCCAUGGUCCGGUCAUCGCAGUUCGACGCGUUCAUGAGCAGCAAGACCGGCGGCGGCACCAAGCGGCCUUGCUCUACCUCGUCAUCGUCUUCCAAUCCGCUGCACCCGCACAACAUCGGCUCGGCGGCCGCGGCCUCGUCGUCCGAACAGAACCCGCUCGACCUUUCGUCGUCGUCGAGCCCAUGCAAGAAACCACGCAAAAGUCAUCCGCCUGUGGCUGGCCACUGGGAGAACGCCGCGGCCGCGGCUGGAUCGUUUGCCGAGACGUUCCUCAACAUACCGGCAUUCGGUCUGGCGCUGCAAAAGUCUCGGGAAAAGGUCGCGCUGACUUGCAAUGGCGGCGGCGGCAACAACAAGCGGCUGGGCAGCGUAUCGCCGAAACCGUCAAAGGCGACGUCGAAACAGCCACCGUGUCAUCAGGCCGCCCCCAGCCGAGCGUUGCCUUGCGCUUCGACCUGUUCCGCUCCGCCGGCCACCUCCACGGCCAACGCUGACAAACACACCUGCCCCAAUGCGGCCGACAAGUCCACUGUGUCUUCGUGGACGGUGGAUGACGUAUGCGAUUUCGUUGGCACUAUCGACUUGUGCGCUGAGUACUCACAGUGUUUCCGGGAGCAGUCGAUCGACGGGACAGCGUUGCCACUGCUCAGCGAGGACCACCUGACCGGAACCAUGAACAUGAAACUGGGACCGGCUCUCAAGUUCCGGGCCGUUCUGGCCCAGAAGUUGGGAAACUGCGCGGUGUGCAUGCACUGCGCCCACUGUCACGGCGCCCAAACACACGGUGCAGGACGACACAGCCCCGUCCCCGGAAACAACAACAACAACAACAGUUCGUCGUCCGCUCAGUGUUGAACAGUAGCACCGUUCGUGUCGACUCCGUGGCAAAGUCCGUCCACUUUACACGCACAGGGUGUUCAAGAUGUUUGAAAAUUGAUAUAUUAUUAUACUGACGCCCUGUAUGAGCGGUAAUAUAACCACAGAAUAAAUGAAAUUUCAUUUUUCUGUGGUAUUACCGUCGAGCGUUUAAACUACAUUUCUAUGAUAUACAUUCACCUACAGUGUCCCUGCUAAUCGACGUUCGUUUUUUUGUAACGAAAUAUCAUAUUAUGGUCCAUUAAAUCAUGUUCUUAUGUAGGUAUUUUAUAAGACAAUGUAUUUUUAUAAUACAAAUCGUGUUCAUGUCUAUCGCUCGUGUCGAUUAUGCAAAAUAAUAAAAAUAAAAUUGCAUUAUUCAAAUUAUGAUAAAUUCCAAAAGUCAUCGAUUUCGCCGUUUCCCUGACUUGUUUUUCUCGCGUUGGAUUUAUCAGUAUUGUUACGUAUAAGUUUCUAAUUUAAUAAUUGUUUGCAUAUUCUCGAACAGCUGAUGGUCAUUUUUAUUUUCAUUAUUAUUAUUAUUAUAAUUUUUUUUUUUUUUUUUGAGCUUUUGUUAAUA